CUUUUCGACGUUCUUGAGCAAUAGAGAGAAAACGACACAUCCUGAACAAAAAGAACUUGAGUUGGCAGUUCAAUUUCGUCAAGAGAAUGAGACGGACACGUUCGAGCAGAUUUUGGGCCCUAAUGAGCCUGAGUUUGUGGGCCUGGCUCAUGGUGACCUCAGCUACUCCCUUGGGCGGGGGGAGUGAAGACAUUACUGACAGCAAAACCGAUAUUGAUAACAAUGGUUACCACGAUGGUCAUUCACUGGAGCCCACAAAGCAAGGAGAGCAAGAGCCAAGGCAGUUGAACGCCUUCAUCACUGUCUACACGACUAUCUUCGAAACGGAAACGGAGACAAGCCUAGCCGAGAUUUUCGAGUCUUGUUAUACUACCCUGGUGGAUAACCUUCCAGUGUGCUCCACCUUUGACAUCAAACCUACAACUACAAUGUUUCGAAAUCGGAAUAAUCAGGAUGACAUCCAGGUCAUUGAGGAAACCGUGCCCAAUCUCCUGAUCCAGAACCAACCCCGGGACUUUCAAUCUUUCAUCAAAGCCUCAAAAGCUUCUAAUUUCAACGCCAGUGAAGGCCAGGAAUUGACAAAUGAGGCCACCGCCAACGACGUGAUCCUAAUGGACGAACCCUUAAUCCCAGAGAUACACGAGGAGCCACUCACGGCUCUAGAGUGGAUCCAGUCCUCCAAGGGACAUCUCAGUGACAAGGCCAGCGCCAGGCAGAUCUGCUUGUUUGGCUGCCUUACCACCACCAGUAGCACCACUAUAACUAGCGUUUUUUUAGAGCUUAUCUCGAGUACUGGCCCCACGCAGACUUUGGCCUUUACCACUCCGGGGUGUUUUCCUUUUAGUAUCAUGUUCUCCCUCCACGUGCCAAGUUGUUGAAGGUACCACAAUCCCAAAUAAAGCCUUUUUAGUAGCAAAUAAAAUUUUGAAGACAAUGCA